AUCUUGAACACAUCUUUGAUAAAUAUGGGCGGCUAAAUCGAUUGGAAGUUAAGAGAGGUUACGCCUUUGUCGAAUAUCAGGAUGAAAGGGAUGCCUCUGAUGCUAUGAAGGAGACAGACGGCCUGGCCAUUGGGCAAAAGACUGUCGUUCAUCAUCCCGAAGGGAUAGGCGUAGAAGCAGGAGUCCAAGAAAAAGCCGUGUGUCCGUAUUAUAAUCUACAAGAAUUACUUGGCUUUGAAGAACCUACCCUAUUUACGUCGGAAUUGAGUAAUCAAGGAGGAACAAAUAUGUCUAUUCAAAGACCUCCAAUCCAUAGCAACGAUAUUGUACUCAUCCGACCAAAGCAAACCAUUAAAAUUGAUAUGGGAACCGUUAUAACCGUUUUCCGUUUCUGA